AUGGUGGUUGACCCGUCCCUCGGUGUCGUGCGGGACAGCGCUGCGCGGUCAGUUGCUCUGAAGGUUGGCGAGGUCAGAGGGGCAUCCGCGGCCAGGGCGGAGGCCAUCAACAUGGCGAACUACUUGGCCCAUUCGGCGCAUAUUAUGGACGGCCAGAAACAGAUCUCAGCAAUUGUGGAUUGUUCUGGUGUGUCUGGUCGUGAGUUGCUCACUGUGUUCAUCCACGCCGAGGCGGUGCCUUUCUCGUGCUGCCUGCCCGCCCAGGAAUUGCCCGAGUUGAAGUCCAUUGUGCGAGGCAUGGCGCUGACUAAACUCAAAGGUCGUCAGAUGUGGAGGCAGAAGCUUCAGAACGUGUUGACACAUCACCAGUUUAAACAGGCGGCCGACAAGGUACGGAUAAAAAGAGCGAGUGGAUCAGAUGCAAGAGCAUCUGCGUUGCACUUAUUGCAGGCCCUCGAUCAUAGUUUGCAAUUCGUCGGCAGCGGUUUCAAAGUAUUUGCCUCCCGUGGAUCGGUGCCAUUGCUUUCUGCCGAGGAGACGCGGAUCAACGUGAAGAGAACAACCCCGUGCCCAUUCGAAGUGCCAAAGGAAAUUGAACAGACUCGGAGUUGCGUUGAGCAUCAGGUGACCAAGAAGAGACGAUUCGAUUUCGAGUUGCCGGAGGAUGGAGUGUUGAGCUGUUGCACCCUUCUGGGCGACGAGGGCCCCCGAGAUCUGCCAGCUUUUUGGUUUCUUCCCGAAACGGGUUUUCGUUUCGUCCCGUGGAUGGAUGUUCUUCACAGGUGUCCGAGGGAUAUGUACGAAGCGGCGGUUGAGUGCAACCAUUGGUCCAUGGUGCUUGACACUACAGCAGUAGUUCGAUACGACCGUGGGCCCUUCAAGUCACAGGCCAACUUCCAGAGAGCGCGGGAAGCCGUGGCCCAGUACGCGAAGCACGCCACCUCAGACGAUGAAUUGUUGGUCAGCUUAUUUGAGCCAAUCUGCAGAGAUUUGAACGACAUGCCGCCCGACUACGGGUCGAAGGAACACAUCGAUCGGGUGCUCAACCGCCUGGAGUUCGUCAAAUGUUUUGAGCGUAUGUCAACAGAUGUGAAAUGGACGCGGUGGGGUUCGCACCAUUGGGCCAUGAAGGACUUUUUUCAGUUCUGGCACACGAAGCUGCUGGCGUUGUCCGUCAUUGCCGUGCAGGGGGGGUCGCUCUCCAAGGAGGCGAUAGCAGCCUUGGGGUUGAGCAGGCCGCCGAAUGCAUUUCCCGCCGCUGCUUGCGGCGGGGGCGGGAGUCCAGUGGCCGUUCCGGGCGCGGGGAGUUCAUCUUCGUCGUCGUCUGGUUCGGCUGGAGGCCCAGCGCCUGCCAUGGCACCAUCGCCCCUACCCGCGGCAGCAGCGUCCUCAGGGGCAGUUCCUGGUUCAGGAAGUGCGGGUAAGCCUAAAACCAAGAUCGUCGGCAAGCAGUCCGCUGCCAUGCAGGAGUUGCGAUCGGAGGCGCCAACAGGACUGGAAGUAAUGAUUCGCGUUCUUGCAAGCCCGGAAAUCUACACUCGGGCGCGAGUUUGGGAACAGGCUUCGGACCCUGUGUGGGCUGCGCACGCAGCGGAAUACCAGAAGAUCAGGUCGUCAUCCGAUUGCGAACAGUUCUAUGUAUGUUACGCAAAUGGUGGGUACCAAGAGGUCUUGAUCCAGGUGUGGAAGAAGCUCGAAGACGGUCUCGCGCUGGGCUGCAUCGGCUGUGCGGUUUCACCAUUGACCGAUGAGGAGAAGACUGAGGUAAAGAACCGGGAGAGUGAGGAAUACCAGACCCAGGAGCAGCUCGCGCACAUGUUUUUCAAGACCUGCCAGUCGAUCGUGUGUUGGCGCGGCCUAACGCACCAGCACUACUGCGCAUCCUUGCCAGGUGCGCUCGCAGGCCUCUUGGCGCCUGGGGUCAGCAAGCUUCAUUCUUGA